AUGAAUUUAUAUAAAUUAUUAAUCUCGUUAUUGGUAUUGCAAAUCAUUUUUGUUGUGUUAUUCAGUAAUAUUUGUCUAGCGGACUCUGAUGAAAAAAAUGAUGGAAACAAAAAAGAAAAUAAAAAUCUAUCACCUAAUUUUGAUAUAACAAAAGCAAAAGAGAUAUCAGAAAGAUUAUGGCUACCGGAGAAACAUGAUCUGAAAAUAUCAAAUUUCAUUUCUCAUUCUUGGUUUAAUAUCAAGAGAUCAGAACAAGUAUCUAUAAAGAAUGUAGAAAUUCCAAUAAUACCAAGAUAUCAAGAACAUAUCGAUUCAGAAAAUGAUGAAUUAAAAACUAAAAAGAUUCGUAUAUAUCCAACCAAAGAGGAAAAACAGAAAUUAAAGAGUUGGAUCGGUACAGCAAGAUGGACAUAUAAUCAAUGUUUAGAUUCUCUUGAUGAGAUCAGAAAUUUGAAAACCAAGAAGGAAAAGAUACAGUAUAUGAGACAGAAACACAUUGUUGCGAGUAAUUACAAAAAUACCGAAUUAUCAUGGGUGAUCGAUACACCAAGUUCUGUAAGAGACGCAGCAAUGAUGGAUCUGUUCAAGAAUAUCAAGUCUAAUCAUGCAAGAAAAAUAGCAAGAUUCACUUUAAAGAAACAGAAAAAGAAAGAUAAAAAUCAAUCUAUUACUAUUGAACAUUUAUGGUUUAACAAGAGUAAAAUUUUUAGUUUUUUGAGAAAUAUCAAAACUAAGGAAAAAAUACCAGAGAUCAAGCAUGCGGUCAACAUUAUCAUGAAUAGAUUGAAAUAUUUUUAUAUCUGUAUUCCUAUUCCCACCAAUAUCAAUAAACAUGAAUCUAUAAAUGAAGAUGUCUUAACUCUUGAUCCAGGUGUACGGACAUUCAUGACAGGUUAUGAUACAAAAGGAAACAUAUCGGAAUUUGGAAACAAGGAUAUUGACAAGAUACAAAUAAGAUGUUUACGAUAUGAUAAGUUACAGAGUUGUCUCAAUCAAGAAUCUGAUAAAGGAUUGUCAUUACAAGAUAGUGAGAUAUCUAUGUCAGAAUUAUCAGACUGUGUUACUGCUAGAAAUAUGCUGACAUGGAGUCAUUACAAAUUCAAGAUGUUUCUGAGACAUAAGAUUAGAGAAUAUUUAGACAUGAACUUGAUAGAAUGUACUGAAGAAUAUACUAGCAAGACAUGUACGAGAUGUGGAAUGAUUAACAAGUUGGGAGGAUCAAAGAAUUUCACUUGUGGUUCAUGUGGUCUAAAGAUAGAUAGAGAUCAUAACGAGAAACGAGAUAGUGAAACUAUUAGAAAGAUAAUUGAAGAUCAUGUUGAGAAGGGUUCUAUUGUACAUACUGAUCGUUGGAAAGGUUAUUUAGGCAUAGAGAAUCUUGGUGUUACACAUAAAUCUGUGAAUUAUUCAAAGAAUUUUACUGACCCAAUAACUGGUGUUCACACGAAUAUGAUAGAAGGUUUGUGGAAUGGUAUUAAAUUACAGAUUGCACUACGUAACAGAAACAAAAAUUUAAUCAAAGAUCAUUUGUUAGAAUUUAUUUGGCGCAGGAUAAACAAAGAUAAACUUUGGGAUGCGUUUAUUUAUGCGUUACAAUCCACAGCAUAUUACGAAAAUAAAUAA